AUGGCUCAGCAGCAAACGGGGGGCCCCCCUCCCGCACAAAAAUGGGGGCCCCUUCAUUUGCUGCUGCUGACAGCAGCGCAGCAAGCCGACAGGCAGGCGAGACAGCAAGCUUUUGCUGCUGCUGCUGCUGCUGCAGUUGCUGCUCCUGCUGCUGCAGUUGCUGCUCCUGCUGCAGCAGCAGCAGCAGCAGCAGCAGAUCCUGCUGCAGCUGCUGCAAUAGGGGGCCCCCCAGGGCCUGCUGCUGUGCUUGUGCUUAUACACAUGGCUGGUAGCGAGGAGCUGCAGAGACACCGAGACAGCAGCCACCUGCUGCUGCAGCAGGUUGCUGCUGUUGCCCUUCCAUCUCUGUUUGCUGCUGCUGCUGCUGCUGCUGCUGCUGCUGCUCGUGGAGAUCAUGCAGCAGCAGCAGAAGCAGCAGCAGCAACUCCAUCAGAAGCAGCAGCAACACAAACAGCAGCAGCAGCACCAGCAGCAGCACCAGCAGCAGCAAGAGCAGCGACAGCAGCAGCAGCGGAUCAAGCUGCAGCAGCAGCAGCAGCAGCAGCAGCAGCAGCCGUGCAAGUCGCGAGGGCCUUUUUGUCUGCGUCGGCACCCUUUGGAUCUCUUCUUGAAAGCGAGCGCUUUCAUGUGCGGCAGCUGCUGGCCAAGUCUCUCUUCGACUGCAAGGUGCAGCAGCAGCAGCAGCAGCAGCAGCAGCAGCAGCAACAGCAGCAGCAGCAGUGGCAGCAACAGUAA